AUGGAUCUAAACAAAGUCAGCUCUUAUUCAGCUGCGGUAUUUGAUCGCAUUAAAACUGUGGCAAAGAAUGCCACUGUCACAGCUGUUUCGGCCACUGUCAAUGCAGUUGGCGCUGUGGGUUCAUUGAUAGGAAAUCCCUUAACCAAAGACUUUGAUGUUGGCAAACAUGUGGCAAGCUUCGGACCGAAUUUGGCGUGGAAAAUUUACGAGGGAAAAAAGAAGACAACUGGCCAAGAGGUUUCUCUGGUUGUUUUUGAGAAAAGGCUGCUGGAUAAAGUUGAUAAAAGAGACAGGGACUUUGUAAUGGAGACAAUGAAGAAAGGACCAGUACAACUUACAAGAUUGCGACAUCCACGGCUGUUGGUUGUUCAGCAUCCUUUGGAAGAGUCCAAGGAUUGCUUAGCCUUUGCAACUGAACCAAUCUUUGCAAGUCUGGCAAAUUUACUUGGAAAACAUGAUAACAUGCCAUCGCCCCUUCCACAUGAUUUUAAGAUGUUUGAACUUUAUGAUGUGGAAAGAGUUUAUGGAUUGUUUCAGCUUGUGGAAGGAUUAACUUUCCUUCAUAAUGAUGCUAAAAUUCUACAAGCAAGUCUUGCACCUGAAUUGAUAUGUGUUACCAAGAAUGGACAAUGGAAAAUAGCUGGACUUUUUUUUAGUUCUACACCAGUUGUGAUUGAUGGCCAGUCCACUUACAAUGCUGGUCAGUGGGAGGGACAUCUUUGGCCAUGGGCUCAACCUGAUCUGAAUUACGCUGCACCAGAGUACAUAUUGUCCAGAUCUUGUGACCUGUCAAGUGAUAUGUUCUCGCUGGGAGUUCUUAUCUACUCCAUAUACAACAAAGGGAAGCCUCUCUUUGACUGUGAUAACAAUAUGGCAGCUUUCAAGAGAAAUGUUGAGCAGAUGUCAAGGAACAGCUCAGCGCCCCUUGGUUCUGUUCCCAAAGAGUUGCAAGAGCAUGUUAGAAGUUUACUAAGCAUUACUGGCACAGUAAGACCAGAUGUUCACAUGAUGUCUAAGAUUUCGUUCUUUGAAAAUGUUGCGGCUAUGACGUUACAGUACUUAGACUCUUUAGUGCAGCGUGAUGACAUGGCAAAGUCACAGUUCUUCAGGGGACUCUAUAAGGUCAUGUCAAAAUUACCAAAGCGUGUUGUUAUACAGAGAGUUUUGCCACAGUUAUGCUCAGAGUUUAGUAAUCAUCAGAUGGUGCCGUUUGCUCUGCCUAAUGUGUUACUGAUCGCCGAAGACUGCACAUCACAAGAAUAUGUGGACCUGAUCCUCCCUGAGUUAAAGCCUGUUUUCAAGAUACAGGAACCUGUUCAGGUUGUAAUCAUAUUUCUCAAGAAAAUGGACAUACUCCUAGCAAAAACACCCAAGGACGAUGUUAGAGAUCACGUGCUCCCCAUGGUCUGUAAAGCUCUUGAGACUCCUGCGGAACAACUGCAGGAAAUGGUUCUAAGCAUUAUUCCGUCAUUUUCAAACAUGAUUGAUUACUCCGCCAUGAAAAACUCCAUCAUCCCUCGCAUCAAGAAUCUCAUUUUGAAGACUUCUUCUUUGAGUAUUCGGGUGAACGGGCUUGUGUGCCUGGGUAAGAUGUUGGAACAUUUAGAUAAAUACGCUGUCCUGGAUGACAUACUGCCGCUAAUGAACCAGAUUCCUUCCAGAGAGCCACCUACACUGAUGGCCAUCUUAGGAAUUUUCAAGCAAACCAUGCUUCAUAAGAAGCUCGGUAUGGACAAGGAUUACCUGGCGACCAAAGCUAUUCCGUUUCUCUUUCCUUUAGCAGUGGAGCCGGGACUCAAUCUUUCACAGUUUGGCCAGUAUAUGAAACUUAUCAACGAGAUGGUGAAACGAGUGGAAACCGAACACCGCACAAAACUGGAACAGCUUAACAAGAUGCAAGAACAGACGAAAUCGUCUUUGAAGUUCGUCGAGGAAGUGCAGGAAGCAAAGCAAAUGGAUGAUUUGAUGGGCAGAAUAGACAAACUCAUGGGUGGUAAUACUGAGGCUGAACAAGCAGUCAAAGAGUUAAAAAGCAGCAGCGGUGAUUCUUCUGCAUCAUCAUCCACUUCAAUCGGGGCAACUAGUUCCACAGAGUUCAACAAAAUGUUUGGUUUGCCGGGAAAUCCUUCGUCGUCGAAAGGCCCAUCCCUGAGUGGAAAUCUGCUGGGUGUGGACGAAUUUUCCAUGCUGCAGCCUUCGAAGAAAAACCAUGAUGGACCAACAAACCCAACAACACAACAGAAGUCCACAACGUCGAAGAAAACCUUGGCGUCAAGCUCGUCAUAUCCUGCUACCUCUCGGCCCUCUCAACCUAUGGCCCCUUCAUCCUUAUCGCAGCCUGGUAUCUCUGGGGUUAAUCCCUCAAUGGGGAUGUCUACAGCCUCAUACGGAAUGUCUGGGCUUCAUUCUGGUAAUACCGGAAUGGGUUCUGGAAUGGCCAGCUAUACAGGAAUGUCCGGUAUGAACUCCGGUAUGACAGGAUUAUCAAGUCUAAACACGUCCAUGACGGGAUCAUUUGGGAUGAGUCCCGCGAGUUCCUCGCCACGUUAUUCUUCUGCAGGAUCCGCUGCGGGAAAUCAAGGAAAAAACACGAGUGGUUCCUCUGCACUGGAUUCCUUAUUUGCUCCUGAAUUAGGACAUUUACAAAAUAAGGGUAAACCCUCGAUGAACGUCUUGCAAUCACAACAAGCCGGUAUGUCGGCUGCUAUGAAUCCAGGUGUAAGAGGAAUAAGACCUAUGACACCACAGCAGUAUGGCGGAGGUAUGCUGACGUCCUCAUCCGGGAUGUUUCCCAUGCAACAGCAACCGUUGAUGGGUGGAAUGGGGAGCCAGCAGUAUCAGUACCAGGCCCCUAGGAAUCAAAAUUCUAUGAACAACAGCAAUGACUUACAAGAUCUGUUUGGUUAGCAAAGCGAAUUAGCCGUGUUUUUGAGAGGGGUACUCCCCCUUACACCAUAGAACUUCAAAAUGUAGACAGAUAAAUAUUGUUUUACCUCAGAGGUCAAAACUUCUUUCAAGCUGGUUGAUUGCCAUGGGAAAUGAUGGCUUA